UUAGUCUUGCACAGGUGUACCGGCUCCUCCCCCUUCAGUCUUGCACAGGUGUACCGGCUCCCUCUCCUUCAGUCUUGCACAGGUGUGCCGGCUCCUCCCCUUCAGUCUUGCACAGGUGUACUGGCUCCUCCCCUUCAGUCUUGCACAGGUGUUCCAGCUCCUCCGCUUCAGUCUUGCACAGGUGUUCCGGCUCCUCCCCUUCAGUCUUGCACAGGUGUACCGGCUCCUCCCCUUCAGUCUUGCACAGGUGUACCGGCUCCCCUCCUUCAGUCUUGCACAGGUGUUGGCGGCUCCUCCCCUUCAGUCUUGCACAGGUGUACCGGCUCCUCCCCUUCAGUCUUGCACAGGUGUACCGGCUCCUCCCCUUCAGUCUUGCACAGGUGUUCCGGCUCCUCCCCUUCAGUCUUGCACAGGUGUACCGGCUCCUCCCCUUCAGUGUUGCACAGGUGUUCCGGCUCCUCCCCUUCAGUCUUGCACUGGUGUUCCGGCUCCUCCCCUUCAGUCUUGCACAGGUGUUCCGGCUCCUCCCCUUCAGUCUUGCACAGGUGUUCCGGCUCCUCCCCUUCAGUCUUGCACAGGUGUUCCGGCUCCUCCCCUUCAGUCUUGCACAGGUGUUCCGGCUCCUCCCCUUCAGUCUUGCACAGGUGUUCCGGCUCCUCCCCUUCAGUCUUGCACUGGUGUUCCGGCUCCUCCCCUUCAGUCUUGCACAGGUGU